CGCGCUUCAUGGCUGCGCACGAGUGGGACUGGUUCCAACGGGAGGAGCUCAUCGGGCAGAUCAGCGACAUCCGAGUCCAGAACCUGCAAGUUGAGAGGGAAAAUGUGCAGAAGAGGACCUUCACUCGAUGGAUAAAUCUGCAUCUAGAGAAGUGCAACCCACCUCUAGAAGUGAAAGAUUUGUUCAUUGAUAUACAAGAUGGCAAAAUCCUAAUGGCUUUGUUAGAAGUCCUGUCUGGGCGAAAUCUGCUGCAUGAAUACAAAUCAUCGUCCCAUCGUAUUUUUCGGUUGAACAACAUAGCGAAGGCACUUAAGUUUUUGGAAGAUAGCAAUGUAAAACUGGUUAGCAUCGACGCAGCAGAAAUAGCAGAUGGCAACCCCUCUUUGGUUCUCGGGCUGAUAUGGAACAUAAUCCUCUUCUUCCAGAUUAAGGAGCUCACGGGCAACCUCAGCAGAAACUCUCCAUCUUCCAGCUUGUCACCCGGCCCGGGGGGCAUGGACUCAGACUCUUCCUUCCCACCCACGCCCACAGCAGAGAGGAGCGCGGCGAUAUCGGUGAAAGACCAGAGGAAGGCCAUCCGGACCCUGUUGGCGUGGGUGCAGAGGAAGACGAGGAAGUAUGGCGUGGCCGUGCAGGACUUUGCGGGCAGCUGGAGAAGUGGGCUGGCUUUCCUGGCUGUGAUCAAGGCCAUUGACCCCAGCCUGGUGGACAUGAAGCAGGCCCUGGAAGACUCCAUGAGGGAAAAUCUGGAGAAGGCUUUCCGCAUCGCACACGACGCCCUGCAUAUCCCCAGGCUCCUGGAGCCAGAAGACAUCAUGGUUGACACACCAGAUGAGCAGUCUAUCGUGACUUACGUGGCACAAUUUCUAGAACAUUUCCCGGAGUUGGAAGCCGAGGACUUUGUGGAUUCAGAUAAAGAAGCCCCUAUUGAAUCCACCUUUGUCCGCAUCAAAGAAACCCCUUCUGAACAGGAGAGCACAGUCCUCCUUCUGACUGAAAAUGGGGAACGUGCCUACAUGGUUAACCAUGAAACCAGCCACCCACCACCCUCCAAAGUCUUUGUCUGUGACAAGCCCGAGAGCGUGAAGGAAUGCUACCCGGGUGGCGUUUCCAACCGUGCGCUGUCAGACAGCUCUUCUGAGUUCAUGCACCAGAUCACCGACCAGGUCCUCCAAGGGGUCACAGGUAAGACCGGCAGCAUCAGUGAGCCAUCUCCAGAAUCUUCCAUUUUAUCAUCCAGAAAGGACAACCAGAGGUCCAACUCUCUGCCAAUGAAGAAAACCGUGCACUUUGAGGCUGACGCCUACAAGGAUGCUUCCGGCAGUAAGGGCCCACCCUGCAGUCAAGACCUCCUUGAAGGGAGCCCAAGGGGGACAGAGGACUUGUGCAAGCAGGAUGCACACAUCUUGGUGGUUGAGGUUGCCGAGGAAAAGACGCAACAGGAAGCCCCAAAGAUCCCGGAAGCAGCCUCUGAUGAGGCCCCAGAUGACAUUUCCUUGGCGGAUGGUAAGACCAGUCAUUCUGAGGCUUCCCAGCGUCCCCCCUCCUGGAAUGGGGCGUUGGAGAGUGCAGCCAGCCAGGAGGAAGAAGGUCGUCCCCUUUCACCCCUGGGAGAGAAUACCGUUAUGGCCGAAUCCCUGGAGAUCAAGGUUAAGCUGCUGACUGUAGAACCUAUGGAUGAAGAAGACUAUUUCGAAGGCAUCCCAUUAAAAGCCUCUAAAUUUAACAGCGACCUAGUAGAUUUUGCCUCCACCAGCCGGGCUUUCAAUGAGGUUCCUUUGCCCCGGGAGAAAAAACCUGCCAAGGAUGAGGUUUUGGAGGAUCAUGCUGAGAAAUUGGGCAAAAGGAGAGCUAAAUCUGCCCACAAAAGGAAAGAUUCGGAUGAGCCCCCGGUGAAGGCUGACAAGCAGGAACCGCACAAGCACCCUGAGCGAGAAGAUGAAGGCUAUUCUUUGGCCCCAGAGGAGGCACUAGUGGAUAAAAAGCCAGAAGGAUAUGAGAAGGCGAAGCAGAAGUCCCCCCAUCGCCUUCACGGCGAGGAUGAGUGGGGCGCCGAGGGCCCGCAGCUUGGCAGAGAACUGCCUUGCAACCCGCCGAACAGCAGUGUCAGCUUGGAGACCCUUGGCAGUCACAGCGAAGAAGGCCUGGACUUCAGACCCUCGCCGCCCCUCUCCAAGAUCUCCGUCAUUCCUCACGAUCUGUUCUACUACCCGCAUUACGAGGUGCCCCUGGCCGCAGUUUUGGAGGCUUACGCGGAAGGCUCGGAGGAUUUGAAAAACGACGAGAUGGACCUCGAAGAACCAGAGGGCUACCUGUACGACCUGGGGUCCAGGGAGGAGGAGGCCGAGGCCUCUCAGAGCAGCUGCAGCUUCUCCGGGCCGGGCGAGGAGCCCCCCAGGGCCGGCGUCCAGGCGCCGUCUCUUGACAGCGGGGCGGACGGUGCCAAACCAGCCUCGGAACCCGCUCCCCCACCCCGCCAAGAGGACCACCAGCAAAGGGAGGCUGAAGAGAGUGCCCCCGUGGGGAGCCAUCAGUCCCAGGAAUCCCCAAACUCGGAAAACAUAGCAAACCCUUUAGAAGCAAAGGUAAUGGAAGAAUCAAUCAGCAGUAAAAAAAAGGAAAAAAGGAAACAUGUGGACCACGUAGAAAGUUCGAUAUUUGUAGCACCUGGAACUGUUCGAUCCUCAGAUGACCUAGAAGAAGACACUGGCGACCACAAAGUCCUUUCCAGGACCAGUCACAGUGACUCCAGCAUUUACAUUCGACAACAUAAUAAUAGGUCUUUGGAAUCGGAUCAUUCUAGCUACGUUCAACUGAGGAACUCAGCCGAUCUGGAUGACAGGAGAAACCGAAUGUUAACCAGGUACAAUACAGAGAAGCUCACUGAGCUGAUUUUACAGUUUUAUGGCAUCAGAGCAGACAUGAAGAGGGAAUACAAACAUGCCAAGAUGUCCAUGAAAGCCAACAACUCUGGAGAAGCCACGUCGUGGGAGAGCCGUGGCCCCCAGAGCGACUCGCUGACCCAGUUGGUCCAGCAGCCGGAUGUGAUGUAUUUUAUUCUCUUCCUCUGGCUCCUGGUUUACUGCCUGCUGCUCUUCCCACAGCUGGACGUCAACAGACUCUGACACGCGUGUCUGCACAAUUAAAAAGACGGGACCCUGACGGGGUGGGAGUUCUUUCUUCAUUUUAUUUGGGGUUCUGGCUGGGGCACUUCUGCAGACAGUUGCAGACCUCCAAGGAAACUUAGAAUCCCUCUCCUUGCUUUUUCUUUCAUGUUUCCUUUGUCUCCUGUGAGUCAAAGCAUGCUUUUCUCUUUGUGUACUCAAAACUCAGGUGCGUGACUGGAUCCUUGGGUGGAGUGGGUUCUUGCGUGCCUUGCUUUGUCAGAUACUAAGCGUCGUUCCUAAUAUUUAGCCAUAACCUGGGUCCUAGGUCGUUCCACAUGCGGAUUUCUAAGGUCCUGAAUGGACUUGAGUUACUUAGCUCUCAGAUCCUCGAGAGACCUCCUGAUGAAAAGAGGGUGGAUGUCCCAGGCAGAGCCUCCACUGGGAAGAAAACUGCCGAGUGUUCCUCCAAGAGGCGGCAUUUGAGGGAAGGUGCUGGGUGUCUGCACACCUGUUGUGGUCUGGCGAUUGGCUGUGUUCGUUGAGGGGUAACUGAGCAGCACAAAUCUGGCAGAUCCAGGAAAGCACAUCCAGGAAUGGCAGAUCCAAGGAGGAAAGAGGAGGAAAGUGAAGGCUGUGUUGUGAGCUGUAGUGA